AUGUUUGUUCAUGGUAUAAAACCUGGUUCUAGCGAGGAAGAAGAAGAAGAAGAUGUUAUGGAUAUUCUUCAGAAAAGGCGAGAAGAAUGCGAACGGAAAGCUCGACGGGGGGAAAUGGACCCUCGGCUGGAGUUCACUUUCCAGCUACUUAUCGACGGCACUGGAUUACCGAGACAUGCUAUAAUGGAUCACGUAUUCGAGGGGAAUAUGUUAGAUGACAUCAAUCAGUUAUUUCUGCCGCAUAUGAGAAAUAAAUUAUUAUGGUAUUAUCAAGAUGUGGAGGAAGUAGAAGCCCGACCCCAGCCUGAAAACACAAAGCCAAGACAGCAAGGGCAAGGAAAACAGCCGCCUCCACAAAUAACAUUGAAGAAGAAGCUUUUUCUUUCCGAUGGUUGGGAUGUUAAAUUUACAGGUGUUUGUAUUUAUAUGUUCAGGAUUAAUGUAAGCAAGCAGUUACCAGAGGAAGGAUUUCAUAAAGAUCUUUUUUGUGGGAUUUUGAAUGCCGAACAAGUUGGUCUCGUAACUGCUAUAGAACGUGUGAUGGAGCACGUGUAUAUGAACGCAUUAGCCCACCCAAGCACAGACGUGUGUGAAGAUGUUUGUAACCAAGUAAAUCUUUUCGAUGAUGGACAAGCGUUAAUGGCGAAUUUGCAAGACCACACGGAGCUUAAGGAAAUGACUAAAAAUCUUAAUACAAUCACAAUGUUAGAGGAUCGUGUCACUGAAUGGAUUAAGAAAAUCAUGGAGAUUCUCAGUGAAAGCGAGCAGUUGAGACGUGAAGUUGAUUCAAGUGGCCCUCAAGACGAACUGGAGUAUUGGAAGAAAAGAGGAGCGCAGUUUUCCCAGCUUGUUUCAUACUUACAAGACCAUGAAGUUCAACUAACCCUGACAUGCCUCCAAUUAGCUAAUUCCAAAGUGAUAAAACUCUGGCGAGACACCGAUCACAAAAUUACUUUUUGUUAUAACGAAGCUAAAGACAACGCGAAGUUUGUGCAAGCCAUGGAAAAAUGUUGUCACACUCUCUACUUGGACGAUCCUGUAAACAUCAAAGAUUCCAUACUAAGCUUAUUACAAACCGUUAGAUUGAUUCAUAGUGUAUCACAAUUCUAUAAUACGUCAGAGAGAAUAUCAUCUCUUAUGGUUAAGAUAACGAAUCAAAUGAUAGAAACAUGUAAGCAGUAUAUAACAUGCCGUUUCAAAGAUACUAUAUGGUCUCAAGAUCGUGACCUCGUAAGGAACAAACUAAUGCACUGCAUCAAUUUGAACAAAACAUAUAGAGAUACAUAUAUAUUUGUCAAGAAUCAGCCGUUUUUGCCGAAUACGGAGCAAUUUAGUUUCUCUGAGAAUUAUGUAUUUGGAAAGUUCGAUACAUUUUGUAAACGGUUGAAUAAAAUAAUUACGAUGUUUGAUUUGAUGGAUGACUAUAAUCACCUGUUUGAGAAACGUAUGGAAGGGCUUUUAUUGGGAGAAGAUCUUGAAGAAGCUAUGCACGCAUUUGAAGAGGCAAAGAAAGCAGUGACAACGUGCCAAUAUGACUACCUUGACUAUCGCAACGAUGACUUCGAUAAAGAUUAUCAGGCAUUCCAAGACAAAACUAAUGCAUUACGUGAGUCGAUCGGAAGCACAAUAGAAAUUAAUUUCUCUAGUGUAUGGGAAACCCCUCAAGGAAUUAAAUUUUUAACAAGAUUUGAAAAGGUCAGCCAGAAGAUUCAGAUAAUAAAACUAAAUGAAAAAUAUGGUAGAGUAUUAAAGUACAGCGAAAAGGAGGUAGAUAAAAUAAUGAAAAUGUUUAAAAGGCAAAAAGAGGAUCCACCACUGCCCAGAAAUUAUUCACCCGUUGCUGGUCGAAUAAAAUGGGCGAGAUGUUUGAUGUAUAAUAUGACUGAGACCGUGGAGAGCGUUUGUGCACAUCCAGUUUUACGUGCUUUACCUGCUGCUGCCGACAUGCUGCGGAAAUAUCAGGCAACGAAAAGCCUCAUUCACAAUUAUGAGACAACUAUGAGUGCUGUAUGGAUGAAUCAAAAUGUGUGGGAUGUUGACGACAGCCUUAAUAAUACAUUACUUAAAAUCGACGACACUGGUCAAAUAGGUGUGAAUCUUGAUCAUACCAUAAAAUUGCUAAUUAGGGAAUCGGACUGUCUCGUUAAGAUGGGCAUAGACCUCCCAAUCGUAUGUCAUUCUCUAUACUCGAAGAAGAAUUACUUUACACUCGUCAAUGAUUCUUUACAGUUUCUAUUAGAAGACUAUUUACGAUGCGUACGCCAAGUAAAACUAGAAGUUCGCCCACUUUUGCUCCCACAAGUGGUUCGUCUUUCCUCUCUUCUCCUCCCAGGACUGCGUUCAGUUACGUGGACAAGCGAGGAUUGGAAGGAGUUUGUGGAUAGAGCUAAUGCUGCUAUUAAUAGCUUUGAUGUACUUGUAACUAGAGUUCAUGAUAUUUAUACGAAUAGAAUUAUUUACGUACUAUCCGGAAUGCAGGAAGUUACGUUGAUAACUUUACCAGAAGAAACUCCGUGGGCUGUAGAUGAAUUUAUUGAAUAUGUCGAGACAAAAUGUCGGAAUGCGUGUGUGGAAUUAAAUAGAAAAAGUCUUAUGGUAGAAGAGGCGGUCGAGGAGGUUUUAGAUCUGGUUAAGAAAGCAGCUCAACAAAUCAAGCCGGCUGAAAUAAAUCCUGAUUUUGAAUUUUUGAUUGCCGAAGAUGAUGUUCAUGGUAGCGCUACAGUAUCAACACUAAACGAAUCAACAAGCAGCGGACAACAAGAUUGGUCUGCAGUUUGGGAAUGCUUUGAAAGUCCACAUAGAUUAUUGUCCAUACCCGCAGGUGGACUGUCCAAAAGUAUGCAAGAAAUGGUGAAAAAUGCUGUGAGUGAAAUGCGUCGUUACUACAGUAGAAAAGUUAUUGAUGUCCUGAUUAAAGUAACGAGAAGAGCCUUAGACCUCAUCAUUAAACAGAUUUCGCAAGACUUCGAAGCCACUGGUUACGCCAAGAAACCAAUUUUCUUGCUACACGCUGCUCUAGUUAUACCAAAUGUUUUGGUCAAACCGACUCUAGAAGAAAUUCAAGAGGUCUUAGUAUUGGCCGGAAAACACAUAUCUGGAUUAUCAAAAGGGGUCGCACAGUGGACCGGUGACAAAUCAACAAGGGUAAAAUAUUUCGUAAAGUAUACUAACACUGUCAAAGAUUUUUUUAAGCUCGUGGCGCCAAUGAAUGUCGCCAAAUCUAUGAAAAUGAUAGAAGCAGCCAAAAUGAGGAAGAAGAAAUAUUACCGAUUGGAGUCGGAAGAGAAGCCAAUGUUUCCAUUUCAACAGAAAAGCUUCUAUAGCCAUGUUAUGGAGAACAAAGAAAUCAUAAAGACGUUGACUUUGCUGUCUCUAUGUACACAAAAUAUUAAAACGGAGCUAAAUACAUUAGUAAAACGUUGGCGGCCCUAUCAUUACCUAUGGAAAUGUGAGAAAACCUUACGUCAGCUUUUGUCCUGGAAUUUAAAUGAUUUUGAACUUGCUCUGAAAAGACACAGUGAACUCGAACUGAAAUUAUCUACGGAGCCGGACAUUCUAGUUAUCGGAAAUUGUCUAGCAGUUUCUACAGAAAAACUAAAGCUGGGACUAAUGACUGAAUUAAAAAAUGGUACUCACCGAAUAAGUCAAGCUAUGCGUAAAAAGUACAAACGUGAAAUGGAUUAUGUAUAUGCUAUAAUGAAUGAUUUAGAACGUAAAUUGGAAAGGCCUAUACGGGAUCUGGAUGACGUCAGAACUGUGAUGGAAACGCUAAAGAAGAUAAGAGAACAAGAAGUUGAUAUGGAGCUAAAGAUCGAUCCUGUAGAGGAAGCAUUCAACGUGAUUACUCGAUAUGAAUUGUCAGUAAGUAAAGAAGAUAUGGAGCAAGUGGAUAAUUUAAGAUAUUCGUGGCAACAACUUCAAGCCACAGCGCUGGCGUCACACGUUCAGCUUUUAAAAAUGCAGCCACAAUUCGAAGAGGACUUAAAAAAUAACUUGGAAAGGUUUAGAGAUGACAAUUCAGAUUAUUGUCACGAGUAUAGACAUGCAGGUCCUAUGCAGUCAGGUCUGACUCCACGAGAAGCUUCCGAUCGUUUGAUAUUAUUUCAGAAUAGAUUCGAUGGAAUGUGGCGAAAAUUACAAACAUAUCAAAAUGGUGAAGAAUUAUUUGGACUUCCUCACACAGAGUAUCCUGAACUUGCUCAAAUAAGAAAAGAACUUAAUCUUCUCCAAAAAUUGUACAAACUGUACAAUGACGUGAUUGACAGAGUUAGUAGUUACUACGAUAUACCAUGGGGAGAAGUGAAUAUAGAAGAAAUCAAUAACGAACUUAUGGAGUUCCAAAAUCGAUGCCGAAAGCUACCAAAAGGUCUUAAAGAAUGGCCUGCUUUCUACGCUCUGAAGAAAACUAUAGACGACUUCAAUGAUAUGUGUCCUCUUCUUGAAUUAAUGGCCAAUAAAGCUAUGAAGCCUCGUCACUGGCAACGGAUAAUGGAAGUAACUAAAUACAUUUUUGAACUUGAUAACGAAGACUUUUGCUUAAAGAAUAUAUUGGAGGCUCCAUUAUUGCCCAAUAAAGAAGAUAUUGAGGAUAUUUGUAUAUCAGCAAUGAAAGAAAAGGAUAUCGAGGCAAAACUAAGGCAGGUGACUAAUGAGUGGUCGGUCCACGAACUGACAUUCCAAACCUUUAAUAAUCGAGGAGAGCUUUUACUUAGAGGGGACACCACCGCAGAGACUAUCGGUCAGCUUGAAGAUAGUCUUAUGAUAUUAGGUUCCUUAUUGUCCAAUCGUUACAAUGCACCAUUUAGAAAACAAAUACAACAGUGGUUGUAUGAUUUACAAAGUACAAAUGAAAUACUAGAACGGUGGCUAUUAGUACAAAAUAUGUGGGUGUAUUUGGAAGCUGUAUUUGUGGGUGGUGAUAUAGCAAAACAGUUGCCAAAGGAAGCAAAACGCUUCUCGAAAAUUGAUAAAUCUUGGCAAAAGAUUAUGCAAAGGGCGCAUGAAACACCUGGCGUGGUGUCUUGCUGUGUCGGCGAUGACUUACUUAGACAAUUAUUGCCACAUCUGCAAGAACAAUUGGAGCUUUGUCAGAAGAGUCUAAGUGGUUAUUUGGAGAAAAAACGUACAAUGUUUCCAAGAUUCUUCUUCGUAUCAGAUCCGGCGUUACUUGAAAUUCUUGGACAAGCAUCGGACUCUCAUACUAUACAAAAUCAUCUAUUAUCUAUAUUUGAUAAUAUUCGAUAUGUAAAAUUCCACGACAUAGAAUACAACAAGAUGAUAUCGAUAGUAUCAUCAGAAGGAGAAGAAAUCAAGCUUGAACGGCCGGUUCGUGCUGAAGGCUCUGUUGAAACGUGGCUCACGUCUUUGCUGCAAUCUGCUCAAAGCAGCUUGCAUUCUAUCAUAAGAAACGCCGUUUCUCUCAUAAACGAUCCUGUAUUUAAUCUUCUAUUAUUUCUGGACAAAAUGCCUGCGCAGGUUGGCCUUCUUGGUAUUCAAAUAAUUUGGACAAGAGACGCAGAAUUGGCCUUAAUGCAGGCCCGACAAGAUAAAAAAAUCAUGUUAGAGACAAAUAACAAAUUUCUCGAGUUACUCAAUACACUUAUUGAUCAAACUACUCGGGAUCUUUCUAAAAUUGAACGUAUUAAAUUCGAGACAUUAAUUACCAUUCAUGUGCAUCAAAGAGAUAUUUUCGAUAUGCUGUGUCGACUCAACGUUCGUUCAGCAAAUGAUUUUGAAUGGUUAAAACAGUGUCGGUUUUACUUCAAAGAGGACGUGGACAAAACUUGGAUAUCUGUGACUGACGUUACAUUCACUUAUCAAAAUGAAUACUUGGGUUGUACUGAACGUCUUGUUAUAACGCCUUUAACAGACAGAUGCUAUAUAACUCUAGCUCAGGCUUUAGCCAUGAGCAUGGGUGGGGCUCCAUGCGGGCCAGCGGGAACAGGCAAAACAGAAACAGUGAAGGAUAUGGGAAAAACACUCGCUAAAUACGUCGUAGUUUUUAACUGUUCCGACCAAAUGGACUACCGGGGUCUUGGUCGAAUAUACAAAGGCCUCGCUCAAUCUGGAUCUUGGGGCUGUUUCGACGAAUUUAAUCGGAUAGAACUACCAGUACUGUCCGUGGCUGCACAGCAAGUAGCCGUAGUUCUUGCUGCUAAAAAGGAAAAGAAGAAAACGUUUCUAUUCACAGACGGUGAUAUGUCAGACAUGUGCCCAGAAUUUGGCAUCUUCAUUACGAUGAAUCCUGGAUAUGCUGGUCGAAAGGAAUUACCAGAAAAUUUAAAAAUACAGUUUCGAACUGUAGCUAUGAUGGUACCCGAUCGACAGAUUAUUAUCCGUGUCAAACUUGCUUCAUGUGGUUUCUUAGAAAAUAUUACACUGGCAAGAAAGUUCUAUACCCUUUACAAGUUAUGUGAAGAACAACUGACCAAGCAGGUACACUAUGACUUCGGGCUACGGAAUAUUCUGUCCGUAUUGAGGACAUUAGGAGCUGUUAAGAGAGUAAACGCAAAGGAUAAUGAAAGCACCAUUGUUAUGAGGGUACUUCGAGAUAUGAAUUUAUCAAAACUCAUAGAUGAAGAUGAACCUCUUUUUAUUUCUCUUGUUGCGGAUUUAUUCCCAAAUCAAGUAAUUGAGAAAACAACAUACCCUGAUCUCGAAGAAGCUAUAAGAAAACUGGUUGAUGCUAAUGGUUUAGUGUAUCAUCCACCGUGGGUGUUAAAAAUUGUUCAGCUAUAUGAAACGCAGCGGGUACGCCAUGGUAUAAUGGUAUUAGGUCCACCAGGUGCUGGGAAAACUACUUGCAUACAUACAGUAAUGAGUGCGUUAUCGGAAACCGAAGACCCGCAUAGGGAAAUGAGGAUGAAUCCAAAAGCAAUCACUGCAUCACAAAUGUUUGGACGCUUGGACGUCGCCACCAAUGACUGGACCGACGGGAUUUUCUCAGCUUUGUGGCGCAAAACAUUAAAAAUUAAAACUGGUGAACACAUUUGGCUGGUUCUGGAUGGGCCAGUUGACAGUAUAUGGAUCGAAAACUUAAAUUCGGUUCUUGAUGAUAACAAAACUUUAACUCUUGCAAACGGAGAUCGUUUAACCAUGUCUCCAACUUCAAAAAUAAUAUUUGAACCCGAAAACAUCGACAAUGCAUCUCCUGCAACUGUUUCUCGAAAUGGCAUGGUAUAUAUGAGCUCAUCUGGCUUAGAUUGGGAACCAGUACUAAACGCCUGGCUUAAAACAAGAUCAGUCCGAGAGGAUGAAGUACUUAGUACAUUGUUUGAACAAACUUUUCCAAAUACAUAUACGUGGUGUACCCAAAAUCUUAGUUUCAGUAUGCGGGUUCUACAAAGUAAUAUAAUAUCCCAAAUGCUUAACCUAUUGGAAGGUCUGGUUCCUCCACAAAUAGUAGAAACCGAAGAACCAUCCGCUAGCAAAUCAGUGAAUGGUGAUAUGGAAGAUGACGAAGAAAAAGAAAAAGGCGAAGAAAUACAGCUUUACACACCUGAACACUUGCAUAAAAUUUAUGUAUUUUCCUUAGUUUGGGGGUUUGGUUCGCUUCUAGAAACAGGCGACAGAAUUAAAUAUGAUAAAUAUAUUAAAGAAACUUAUAGAGAAAUACUUGAUAUUCCGAAACAUCCUCAUAACAAACCAAGUAUGUUAUUCGACUUUUACGUUAAACAACAUGGAAAGUGGGAGUUAUGGGAAGAUUUAAUGACAAAUUAUCAAUAUCCUGAUACGGCCACUCCAGAUUAUGCGAACAUUCUUAUUCCUAUAGUUGAUAAUGUUCGGAUUAAUUAUCUUAUUCAUUGCAUUGCUAAACAAGGAAAAGCAGUUUUAUUACUUGGCGAACAGGGAUCUGCUAAAACGGUUAUGAUGAAAGCUUAUAUGAAAAACGCUAAUCCAGAUCAAUUUAUGGGACGCUCAUUUAAUUUUUCAUCGGCUACAAGUCCUUACCAAUUUCAAAAAACAAUAGAAAGUUACGUAGAAAAACGAAGUGGUAUGACGUUUGGUCCACCGGGGGGCAAGAAAAUGUUAGUAUUCAUAGAUGAUAUAAAUCUACCUCAAAUUAACGAAUGGGGUGAUCAGAUUACUAAUGAAAUAGUGCGCCAAACUAUGAGCAUGGGUGGAUUUUACAGUUUAGAGAAACCAGGAGAUUUUACAACUAUUGUGGAUAUUCAGUUUUUAGGUGCCAUGGGCCAACCUGGUGGUGGAAGAAAUGACAUUCCAGCGAGGUUGAAAAGACGUUUCUCUAUUUUUAAUUGCCCUUUGCCAAACAAUGAUUCGAUAGACAAAAUAUUUAAAGUUAUUGGAGAAGGACAUUACAACGCUAAGCGAGGUUUUACUGCAGAAGUUCGAUCGCUCAUUAAGAAAAUAAUUCCUUUGACACGUGAACUUUGGACACGAACCAGAAUAAAUUUACUACCAACACCAGCUAAAUUUCAUUACGUCUUUUCUUUGAGAGACCUAUCACGAGUAUGGCAAGGUAUGGUUGGUACUUUGCCUACUGUUAUAGAAUCUGAAAAAUGCUUAAUGCUUCUAUGGAAACAUGAAUGUUCCCGAGUAUUCUCUGAUAGAUUUACACAUCAGUCCGAUAAAGAUUGGUUUAACAAAGCUUUAUAUAAUAUUGCUGAAGAAAUUCUGGGUGCAGAAUAUAAAAAAAUGAUGGAAAAAGACCCUGUUUUCGUAGACUUUAUGAGAGAUGCACCGGAACCAACGGGUGAAGAAGGCGAAGAUGCUGAUAUGGAGUUACCAAAAGUAUAUGAGCCUGUCUUUGAUUAUAGCGAACUACGAGAUCGAUUAGAAAUGUUUUUAUCACAAUUUAAUGAAAUGGUUCGAGGAUCCGGAAUGGAUCUAGUAUUUUUCCCAGAUGCUAUGUUGCAUUUGGUAAAAAUUUCACGUGUGAUCAGACACCCUCGAGGAAAUGUUAUGCUCGUAGGAGUAGGUGGGUCAGGAAAACAGUCGCUAACAAAGUUAUCUACUUUUAUAGCCGGAUAUCGUUCCUUCCAGAUAGCGCUCACUAGGUCUUAUAAUGUGGGUAACUUUUUGGAAGACUUAAAACUUUUAUAUCGGUCAUGUGGAGUGCAAGGUAAAGGUACGACAUUUAUAUUUACUGACCUAGACAUAAAAGAAGAAGGAUUUUUAGAAUACUUAAAUAAUAUUUUAAGUUCUGGUGUUAUAUCAAAUUUGUUUACAAAAGAUGAACAACAAGAAAUUAUAUCUGAACUAACACCUAUUAUGAAAAGGGAAAACCAAAAACGUACGCUUACAAACGAACUAGUAAUGGAAUAUUUUUUAAACAGGACCUGUCAAAAUUUACAUGUAGUUUUGUGCUUUUCGCCGGUAAGUGAAGCAUUUCGUUAUAGAGCUAUGAGAUUUCCGGCUUUAAUAUCAGGUUGUACAAUAGACUGGUUCCAACCAUGGCCGAAGGAUGCCUUAGUAUCUGUCGCAGAUCAUUUCCUAGCAGACUUUGAAAUAGAAUGUAGCAAAGAAGUUAAAAAAGAAUUAGUAACAGUACUUGGAACCAUACAAGAUGUUGUUUCCACAGUUUCAACAGAGUACUUUCAAAGGUUCAGGCGAUCUUCACAUGUAACCCCAAAGUCAUAUCUAAGUUUUAUUGGGGGAUAUAAAACAAUUUACCAAAUGAAACAAAAAGAACUAGGAGAUGGAGCUUUAAGAAUGGAUACAGGUUUGGAGAAAUUACGAGAGGCAUCAAUAUCUGUAGAAGUAUUAAAAAAAGAUUUAGCUGUAAUGGAACAAGAUCUAGCUUUAGCUUCAGAAAAAGCAGACCGUGUGCUAUCUGAAGUAACGGAAAGAGCCAUGCAGGCUGAGAUAGUAAAAAACCAAGUACAAGUUGUUAAAGAGAAAGCUGAAGCAUUGGUUGCAUUUAUCGCAGAGGAAAAAGAAAAAGCUGAACGUAAACUUGAAGCAGCUAAACCUGCCCUAGAAGAAGCUGAGGCUGCUUUAAAUACUAUAAAACCGGCACACAUUGCUACUGUGAGAAAAUUGGGAAGACCUCCACAUCUCAUUAUGAGAAUUAUGGACUGCGUUUUGAUUUUAUUUCAGAGGAGAUUACAUCCAAUCAUACCAGAUACAGCAGCACCGUGCCCUAAACCAUCUUGGGCUGAGUCUUUAAAGAUGAUGGCGAGCACAACAUUUUUACUUCAAUUACAAAAUUAUCCGAAAGACAUAAUCAACAAUGAAAUGGUAGAGCAUCUCUUACCAUACUUUGAAAUGGAAGAUUACAAUAUGGAUACAGCAAAACGUGUCUGUGGUGAUGUUGCUGGUUUGUUAUCGUGGACCAAAGCAAUGGCAUUUUUUCAUAGCGUAAAUAAGGAAGUUUUGCCUUUAAAAGCAAGUCUUAUGUUACAAGAAGCCAGACUUAAGGUUGCUAUGGAAGAUUUAUCAUCUGCUGAACGACAACUUGAAGAACGUGAAAUGUCCUUAAGAAAAGUAAAAGAACAGUACGAGGCUGCUGUGUCAGAAAAACAGCAGUUAACUGACGCUGCGAAUGUUUGUCUACGUAAAAUGACAGCAGCAACACAGCUCAUAAAUGGCUUAGGUGGAGAGAAAAUAAGAUGGACACAACAAAGCAAGGACUUUAAAGAACAGCUGGGUCGGUUAGUGGGAGAUGUAGUACUAGCUACGGGUUUCCUAUCCUAUUGUGGCCCAUACAAUCAAGAAUUUAGAAACAGUCUAUUUAAUACUUGGAUGGGAAUAUUGAAAAGCAAACAAAUACCCGUUACGGAUAACUUGAACAUUACUAACAUGUUGGUUGAAAGUGCCACAAUAUCUGAAUGGACGUUACAAGGUUUACCUAAUGAUGAAUUAUCGGUACAAAAUGCUCUUAUAGUCACAAAAUCAAGCUCUUACCCUCUCUUAGUAGACCCACAGAGCCAAGGAAAAAACUGGAUAAAAAAUAAAGAAAGCUCUAAUGAAUUGCAAAUAACUUCAUUAAAUCACAAGUAUUUCCGUACGCACCUUGAAGAUAGUUUAUCAUUAGGUCGUCCACUUCUAAUUGAAGACGUAGGAGUGGAAUUAGACCCUGUAAUAGAUAACGUUUUAGAGAAGAAUUUUAUCAAGUCAGGUUCAAUUGAAAAAGUAAUUGUAGGUGAUAAAGAAUGUGAUGUAAUGCCGGGUUUUAUGCUUUAUAUUACCACAAAACUACCCAAUCCACCUUACUCACCAGAAAUAAGUGCUAAAACCUCAAUAAUUGAUUUUACCGUAACAAUGCAAGGUCUAGAAGAUCAGUUACUUGGCAGGGUUAUAUUAAUGGAAAAAUCCGACUUGGAGGAAGAACGAGUCGCUUUAUUUGAAUCUGUUAUGAAAAAUCAAAGAAGUAUGAAAGAAUUAGAAAGUAAUUUACUGUGCCGGCUAACGUCAUCAGAAGGUUCUUUAGUUGAUGAUGAGGCUUUGAUUCAUGUUCUUCAAAUUACCAAAACAACGGCUGAAGAAGUGAAUGAUAAACUUAAAGUGGCUGAAGUUACAGAAAGAAAAAUUAUUAAAGCGAGAGAAGAGUUUAGAGCCGUUGCAGCUAGAGGGUCAAUUCUAUACUUUUUGAUUGUGGAAAUGAGUAACGUCAAUAUUAUGUAUCAAAAUUCAUUAAAACAAUUUUUAACCAUAUUUGAUAACUCUAUAACUAAAUCGACAAAAAGCAAUGUGACUGAAGACCGCAUCAACAUAAUAUUAAAGUAUUUAACACAUGAAGUUUGGGCAUUUACGUUACGCAGUUUAUACGAAAGGCAUAAGGCGUUAUUCACUUUAAUGUUAGCUAUGAAAAUUGAUUGCCAUCGAGGUCUUAUAUCUCAUGAUGAGUUCAUGGCUUUUGUGAAAGGAGGUGCAUCGCUUGAUCUAAACGCCGUUACUCCAAAACCAUUUAAAUGGAUAUUAGAUAUAACGUGGUUGAAUCUAGUUGAAAUAAGUAAACUGAAAAUAUUUUCAGAUGUUCUAAACAAAAUUACAUCAAGUGAGAAGGAGUGGCGCGUUUGGUAUGAAAAAGCAAAGCCUGAAGAGGAAAGUAUACCAAGUGGUUAUCAAGAUAGUUUAGACGUUUUUCGAAAACUGCUUCUGAUUAGAUCGUGGAGCCCGGAUAGAACUCUGUCACAAGCAAGAAAAUAUAUUGUUGAUUCUCUUGGAGCUGAAUAUGGCGAGGGUAGAAUUCUGAAUUUAGAAGUUACAUGGGAAGAGUCCGAACCAAGAACACCUUUAAUUUGUAUACUCUCGAUUGGGUCCGACCCGUCCACUCAAAUUGCUUCCCUCUCAAAAUCAAAAGAAAUCGUUCUGAAGGCUGUUUCUAUGGGACAAGGCCAAGAAAUUGUUGCACGAAAAAUGAUUUCGGACUCUAUGAACGAAGGGGGUUGGGUAUUACUGCAAAACAUACAUUUAUCGCUUUCAUUUUGCGUGGAAGCAAUGGACGCUUUAAUUGAAACCGAGCACAUACAGGAUUCGUUCCGUCUAUGGCUCACGACAGAGGUUCACUCAGAUUUUCCAAUAGGAUUACUACAAAUGGCAAUUAAAUUUACGAACGAACCUCCCCAAGGAAUAAGAGCCAGUAUGAAGCGAACGUAUCAAAAUAUUACCCAGGACACUCUGGAUUACUCUUCUCUGUCGCAAUGGCCACCGCUUCUAUAUGCCGUUGCAUUUUUACAUACUAUAGUACAGGAGAGAAGGAAAUUUGGGCCACUGGGCUGGAAUAUUCCUUAUGAAUUUAACCAAGCAGAUUAUGCAGCAAGUGUCCAAUUUAUACAAAACCACUUGGAUGAAAUCGAUCCGAAAAAGGGUAUAUCCUGGCCAACAAUAUGUUACAUGCUUGGUGAAGUACAAUAUGGUGGAAGAGUAACUGAUGAUUUUGAUAAACGUCUUCUCACUACUUUUACCAAUGUAUGGUUUUGUGACGUACUUUUACGUCCCGGUUUUGAAUUCUAUAAAGGAUAUAAAGUUCCACAAACCAGGAACCUUCAAGGAUACAUUGAUUAUAUCAAUCAACUACCAUUAACAGACACUCCCGAGGUAUUUGGUUUACACGGUAAUGCUGACAUCACAUACCAAAUUAAUAGCGCAAAAGAUAUCUUAGAUACAAUAUUAAGUGUGCAGCCAAAGGAAGGAGGGAGUCAAGGGGGAGAAACAAGAGAAAGUAUAGUGUAUCGGUUGGCUGAAGAUAUGUUAGAGAAACUACCUAAGCAAUAUGUUACGUUUGAAGUAAGAGAAGCUCUCCAAAAGAUGGGUGCUUUCCUCCCGAUGAAUAUAUUUUUGAGGCAAGAAAUAGAUCGUAUACAAAAAGUUAUUAAAACUGUAUACACAACACUUUGCGACCUUAAAUUGGCGAUAGAUGGGACAAUUGUAAUGAGUCAAGGACUACGAGAAUCAUUGGAUGCUAUGUAUGAUGCACGCAUACCAACUCAGUGGUUAAAGGUAUCUUGGGAGUCAGCAACAUUAGGUUUUUGGUACACAGAGCUAUUAGAACGUGAACAACAAUAUCGAAUAUGGUUACGUAAUGGUCGGCCAAACACAUUUUGGAUGACAGGAUUCUUCAACCCUCAGGGUUUCCUGACUGCAAUGAGACAAGAAGUGACACGCAGUCAUAAGGGAUGGGCCUUGGAUUCAGUAGUGUUACAAAAUCUUAUAACGAAGUUAAAUCGAGAAGAUGUACAUGAAGGUCCCACAGAAGGAGUUUAUGUAUACGGCUUAUUUCUAGAAGGGGCUUCACUAGACAGGAAAACAGGGAAGUUGAUAGAAUCCAAACCUAAAGUACUAUAUGAGCAAAUGCCGGUUAUCUAUAUAUUUGCUAUAAAUACAACGGCUGGGAAAGAUCCUAGGCUUUAUGAAUGUCCUAUAUACAGAAAACCACAAAGAACAGACGCAAAAUACGUUGGUUCUAUAGAUUUUGAAACGGACAGUAACCCAAGGCAUUGGACACUAAGAGGAGUUGCACUGUUGUGUGACAUAAAAUAAAUGGUCGAUGUUAAGGUUAAAGAAAAA